CCCUUUCCUGGUGAAAGGCAUCAGACAUAGUUCCUGCAUCUGUCUGCUAGAAUGCGAUUGCUAUUUUAGAAGAGAGAUCCACUAUCUCAGAAUCCAUGCUGAUAACUUUUAAAGAGCUUCCCUGCUGUGUAUGUGCUGUUAUUGCUUUGAGUAGGUAACCCCUCCUCUUAUGUCACCGUCCUGAGCUUUGGGACUGCCUCAGGGCCAUUGACCCACAAACAAAUAGAUAAUGUUAACUAAAACACCUGAAUUCUGAUCAAGCCUUUAAAGAGAUGAAAACUGGGGCUGGAAAAGGAUGAAAUAUCUCUUGACUCCCUGCACUGAAGUAGUUUCUUUUGGCUCAUCCAGGUCUAUGCCCACAGGGUCAUUGACUGAAGGUAGAAAUAAUCAUGUCUGAUUCAGUCACUCUACGUGGUGUUAAAAAAUUUGGAGAGGAGAAUCAUGCCUUUGAAUCAAAUGAAUCAGAUACCAACACUAAGAAAGCAAGGUCACAAGAUGGGAAGAAAAAGGAACGCAUUCAAGUCAGCUUCUUUCAAUUGUUUCGAUUUUCUUCGGCAAGAGACAACUGGCUGAUGUUUGCGGGAAGUUUAUGUGCACUUCUACAUGGAUUGGCCCAGCCAGGAAUGUUACUUGUUUUUGGCAUGAUGACAGAUGCUUUUAUUGAAUAUGACAUUGAGUUACAAGAGCUUAGCGUCCCUGGUAAGAUUUGUGUGAACAACACCAUUGUGUGGGCCAACAGCUCCCUCAACAGCAAUGAGACUAAUGGGACUCGUUGUGGGGUUUUGGAUAUUGAAAGUCAGAUGACCACGUUUGCCAGUUACUAUGCCAUAGCCGGUCUUUUGGUUUUCGUCAUGGGAUAUCUCCAAAUAUUCUUUUGGGUAACUGCUGCAGCUCGUCAGAUACAGAAAAUGAGACAAGUUUACUUUAGGAAAGUAAUGAGAAUGGAAAUAGGCUGGUUUGAUUGCAAUUCAGUGGGAGAGCUGAAUACCAGAAUCUCAGACGAUAUUAAUAAAAUCAAUGAGGCCAUUGCUGACCAGGUCGCCAUCUUUGUCCAGCGCAUGACCACUUGUAUUGCUGGAUUCCUGUUGGGAUUUUUCCAAGGCUGGAAACUGACUUUGGUUAUGAUUUCAGUCAGUCCUCUCCUUGGAGUAGGAGCAGCAGUCAUCGGUCUGAGUGUGGCCAAACUCACUGCCAGAGAGUUGAAGGCAUAUGCCAAAGCCGGAUCUGUGGCUGAUGAAGUUCUUUCCUCAAUUAGAACAGUGGCUGCUUUUGGUGGUGAAAAGAAAGAGGUAGAAAGGUAUGACAAAAAUCUUGUGUUUGCCCAGCGCUGGGGGAUUCGAAAAGGGAUGAUAAUGGGACUAUUUACUGGAUAUAUGUGGUGUAUCAUUUUCUUCAGUUAUUCAUUAGCUUUCUGGUAUGGCUCAAAACUUGUCCUGGAUGAAGGCGAAUAUACACCAGGAGUUCUUCUACAGGUUUUCUUUGGAGUCUUGGUAGGAGCUUUAAACCUUGGUCAGGCAUCACCUUGUCUGGAAGUUUUUGCCACAGGGAGAGCAGCAGCUGCUAGUAUCUUUGACACAAUAGACCGGAAACCAAUCAUUGACUGUAUGUCAGAAGACGGUUACAAGCUGGAUAGAGUGAAGGGUGACAUUCAGUUCCACAACGUGACCUUCCAUUAUCCUUCCAGGCCUGAGGUCAAGAUUUUAGAUAACCUUAGCAUGGAAAUAAAAUCUGGAGAGACAACUGCUUUUGUAGGACCCAGUGGGGCUGGGAAAAGCACAGCAAUACAACUGAUUCAGAGAUUCUAUGAUCCCAGUGAAGGCAUGGUGACCCUGGAUGGACAUGAUAUUCGUUCCCUUAAUAUUCAAUGGCUCCGAUCUCAUAUUGGGAUUGUUGAACAAGAGCCAGUCCUGUUCUCCACCACAAUUGCAGAGAACAUUCGCUAUGGCAGAGAAGAUGCAACCAUGGAAGACAUCAUCAAAGCUGCCAAAGAAGCCAACAUCUACAACUUUAUCAUGAAUUUGCCACUGAAAUUUGAUACGCUUGUUGGUGAGGGUGGAGGCCAGAUGAGUGGAGGCCAGAAACAAAGGAUUGCUAUUGCACGGGCACUGGUCCGGAACCCCAGGAUCCUGCUUUUGGACAUGGCCACCUCUGCCCUGGACAAUGAGAGUGAAGCUAUAGUUCAGGAAGCACUUAAUAAGGCUCAGCAUGGACGUACAACAAUCUCAAUAGCCCACCGCCUGUCUACUGUCCGAGCUGCAGAUGUCAUCAUUGGAUUUGAACUGGGAAAGGCUGUGGAGAGGGGUACCCACGAAGAGCUGUUGAAUAGGAAAGGUGUUUAUUUCACUCUGGUGACUUUGCAAAGUCAAGGAGACCAAAGUUUAAAUGAAAAGGCAGUAGAAGGAAACGGUGUGCCUGAUGAUGCUAAACUGGAGAGAAAGCCGACCUUCCAAAGGGGCAGUUACCGGGACAGUCUACGAGCUUCCCUACGCCAGCGUUCCAAGUCUCAGCUUUCUAACCUGUUGCAGCAGCCUCCGUUACCUGCUUUAGACAACACAUCUGUUUAUGAAGAAGACACCAAGGAUCAUUCUUCUGAAGAAAAAGUUGAACCUGCACCAGUUACAAGGAUUUUGAAGUACAACACCCCAGAAUGGCCUUAUAUGCUGGGGGGUUCCAUCGGAGCAGCUCUGAAUGGUGCAGUCAAUCCUCUUUAUGCUCUUUUAUUCAGUGAGAUUAUUGGGACUUUCUCUAUUCUUGAUAAGCAAGAACAAAAGAAUCGGAUUGAUGCUCUGUGCAUAUUAUUCGUAGCAUUAGGAGUUAUGUCCUUUUUCACUCAAUUUCUACAGGGAUAUACAUUUGCCAAAUCUGGAGAGCUGCUCACCAAAAGGCUACGUAGACUUGGUUUCCAGGCCAUGUUAGGGCAAGACAUUGGCUGGUUUGAUGAUUCAAGGAACAGCCCUGGAGCUCUAACAACAAGGCUUGCUACAGAUGCAUCUCAAGUUCAAGCGGCUACAGGAACUCAGAUUGGGACGAUCGUGAAUUCCAUCUCCAAUAUUGGUGUGGCCCUCAUCAUCUCAUUUAUCUUCAGCUGGAAACUGAGUUUAGUGAUAUCGUGCUUCCUCCCCUUCUUAGCUUUAUCAGGAGCCAUACAAGCUCGAAUGUUGACAGGAUUUGCCUCUUCGGACAAGCGUGUCUUAGAAGCUACUGGCCAGAUUUCUAAUGAAGCCCUCAGUAACAUCCGCACAGUUGCUGGGAUGGGAAAGGAAAUGCGAUUCAUUGAAACGUAUGAGAAGGCACUGGAAAAGCUAUUUGGUACAGCUGUCCGAAAAGCACAUAUCUAUGGAUUAUGUUACGGCUUUGCGCAGGGCAUAGUAUUUGUAACCAAUUCAGCCUCUUACAGAUAUGGGGGAUAUCUGGUUCCUCAUGAAGGACUUCAUUUCAGCUAUGUCUUCAGGGUGAUAUCUGCAGUGGUGACCAGUGGAACCGCUCUUGGAAGAGCCUCUUCUUACACUCCAAAUUAUGCUAAAGCUAAAAUAGCUGCAGCACGUUUUUUCCAGCUCUUAGACUCUUCUCCCAAAAUCAACGUCUACAGCCUUGCAGGCGAAAAGUGGGAUGACUUCAAAGGAGCUGACUUUAUUGAUUGCAAGUUUACAUAUCCAUCCCGACCCACUGUGCAAGUUUUGAAUGGCUCUCCCGUGUCUGUUAAGCCCGGGCAGACCCUUGCGCUUGUUGGAAGUAGUGGCUGUGGCAAAAGUACCUGUGUUCAGUUGCUGGAGAGGUUCUAUGACCCCAGCAAAGGGAAAGUGAUAAUAGAUGGACAUGAUAGCAAACGUGUUAACGUCCAGUUCCUUCGAUCUAAAAUUGGAAUUGUAUCUCAGGAGCCUAUAUUAUUUGCCUGCAGCAUCGCUGACAACAUCAAAUAUGGAGAUAACACUAAGGAUAUUCCAAUGGAGGCUGUCAUUGAAGCAGCAAAGAAGGCUCAGCUGCAUGAAUUUGUCAUGGCACUUCCAGAGAAAUAUGACACUAACGUUGGGGCUCACGGUUCCCAGCUCUCUCGGGGUCAAAAGCAGCGUAUUGCAAUAGCUCGUGCUAUCCUUAGGGAUCCUAAAAUAUUGUUAUUAGAUGAGGCAACUUCUGCCUUAGAUACAGAAAGUGAAAAGACAGUGCAAACAGCCUUGGAUAAAGCCAGAGAAGGACGGACAUGCAUUGUCAUUGCCCACCGCUUGUCCACCAUCCAAUAUUCAGAUAUCAUAGCUGUUGUGUCACAAGGUGUUGUGAUAGAAAAAGGGACUCAUGAUGAACUGAUGGCCCAAGGCGGAGCAUAUUACAAACUAGUCACCACAGGAGCACCCAUUAGUUGACUUUUUCUUCAAGAGCUUUGUACAUCUGAAAUAUAGGCUUCUUCUCAAUAGGUAUCAUACAGUCUUUUGAAAAGAAACCAUGAGGAUCACAGAAGUACAAAAUUUGAGAACUGAAGAGACUGUAAUGGCCCUCUGGUCCAACCCAAACACAAAAGGAAUCCUCGUUAUAAGACAGCCAACAAGUGGUCAUCCAGCCUCUUUGUGAAGACCUCAAAGGAAGGGGAACCCACCCUCUCUCUAGGUAGCCCAGUCCACUUAUGGACAAUUCAUUGUUAGGAAGCUUUCUCCGACGUUGAACCUCAAUUUGUCUCAUUUCAAUUCAUACCCACUGCUUCUGGUUCUGCCUUCUCAGAUCAAACAGAACAAAUCCAAUCCUUCCUCCUUCAAACAUCUGCUGACAGCUGUCAUGUUCCCCAUCAUCCUUCGCUUCUCCAAGCUAAAUAUUCCCAGCUCCUUCAAUCAAGCCUCCUGUGAUGUUACAAGAUAAAAAAAAUGGCUAUAUCAAAGCUAUAUAAAACACACACACACACACACACACAUAUGUAUAUAUAUAUAUAUAUGUUCCAAUCAUAUUUAUGAACAGAAAGGCUCUGACCUAUAGACUUAAAAUGUAGAAAUGAGCAUGCAUCUGAACAGAUGUCACUCAACUUAACCUGAGGAGUGCUCUAACUGGUCAUCCUCAGUGGAGGCCUUGUUAUCACUACGUUGAGAGAUACUUUGAAAAAGUUCAUGUCUUUAGAGCAUCUGUAGUUUCAGAAAUGGAGAGAGGGAAGAAACUGUAAAAAGCAGCAACACCCUAGAGAAAUUAUAGCCAGGGUCUGCCUGCCUAUGUAUUGGCUGACCAAAGUUAUUGUCCCCCACAUUGCCUGGAUAUUUCACUUUUCUAUGUGACAUUACUUAAAAUUCUACCAAUUAGUAGUUCCUAAGGGUGUCCAAGCUUCCUUCUCUGAAGAUAUAGUUAUCCCUAGGAGAUUUAGGGGUCUAGCAGGCCUAUAUUUAUGUGCAUAAAUUCAACCAGAAUACUUUCCUUUCAACACCUAAUCAAGACUACCUACACAGAGAAAAUUGAAGCAUUAAUUGCAUGAUCCAGUGGAAAGACUAUUGUCUCUGGAAUUAGAGAACCUGGGUUCAAAUCCUGACUCAUGCUCACCACCUGUGUGACAUUGGGCAAGUCACCUAACCUACUUAGAC